CUUCCUGCCACCAACGUGAAACACGCAGCGUACUCUGAUCUUGCCGCCCGAUAAGUUAUGAAUAUCCGACACCUCCAGCCAUACAUUACAUUUCCGACGGCCAGCUGAACCCGCUUCCACGCAGCCUUCAUACCACAACGGUCGUCAUCGUUGUCUUGCUCAUCUACUCAGUGAAUACCUUAGCGCAAUAGACCUGUUUUGUUGCGUGCAAGCCUUUUUAUUCUUCGCCUCUUCUUGGAGCGUUCUUCCUAGUUCUUGGUUUCGUUUCCUUUGGUUCUUUUCCUUAUUAUUCUUAUAUCUACGGCUGCCUAUUUAUUAAGCCACCUACAACGGCCCAAGGCGACACGAGAUGUCAAGUCCGGCUCCUACUACGCCCAAGGCGCCUCGAAAUGGCCGGCGUUACCAGAAGCGCACUCCGUCGUCGAAAUCCGGUGUUGCCGACCCCUCACGUCAGCCUGAUAAGACGAACACUACUCAAGCAGCAAACCGAGACUCGAAUGUUGCCAGUGACUCGGGGAACCGUGCGUCUGACAGUGCGAUGAAGGCGAAGAAUGGCCGGUCAGCAAAGAAAAAUAGAGAUACUCACAAGAAUUCGCCGGCCCCAGCUCGAAAUGCGAGCCUUGGCCACGGUCACCGUCAUACCUCCUCGCAGUCUUCUAUCAAAGAUAGCCCUCUAUAUGCCGGACCAACCUUCCAUGCCUCUCCUGCGCCAUCGGCGCUCCCAAUACCAUCGUUCUUUUCAAAGUCAGUGCCGGAAACUGACGGUCGAACUUCAGAUGAGCUCCAGGAUGAGUCACCAGACACCGACCCGGGAGACAGUACGCCUACAAAGGCGAAUAAUACCCCCCAGCAAACCCAACAGGAAGCUGGUACAGCUUCGCCUCUCGAUUUUCUUUUCAAGGCCGCACGUCAGGCGAGAGCCGCCAACCCUGUGAGCGAGCUUGAGGACUCUGGCCCUUUCAAUGGAUCCACACCUCCGAGAAAUGAGGCACGGCCACAGCAGGGUGAAAGACAGAUCAGUGGUGGGGUGUUUCCUUUAGAAUUAGAAGGCUCAGAUACCCGAAUGUCGCCGAUUGGCCCCUCAUUUGCAACCUCUUUUAAAGAUCGAAUGAAUGCUUUGCGUGCAACUAGCCCGGGGAAACAAGGAGGUCUUCCUGGCACAACACGAGAAAACAACACGACUAAUACCAACAAACUCAAAAGCGAAGCUCUCAAAAACCUACUUCUUAACCCUCCUCCGCAGCGUGCAGCCUCAGCGUCCCCGAGGCUCACGGAUCCCUCGAAUAGCCCCAGCAACAAUAGCAGUAAUAAUAAAAACAAUUUCAGGAUGUCUGGGGAUUACUCUAUGUACCAGCAACCCACUCGUUAUGCUUCUGGCCCCGCUUCACCAGUACCUUUUGCCCAUUCCGGUAAACCUUUAGGAACCCGCAACGAAUAUAGCGGUUCGGAGAGCACUAUUCCACAGCAAUAUCUAGCAUCCCUGUGCGCCCAAACCCACCGUCCACCCGCACCAUCUUCUGGGCUGCGAAGUAUGGUGUCUCCAACCAACCCGGUUACUCCGCCUCGUCAACAGUCCUUCUCGAGAUAUGCACAGUUUGGGCUUAGCAGUGCUCCUCCAGCUCAUGCAAGCUACAAUGGGUCAGCUGAAGGCGCCCUUACUUCUCCGACGCCGAACCGGACAAUGCAAUCGAACUCUUCUACGCCUCCUGCGAGAAAUUGCCCUCCGCCAAAGCUGGAUUCUGCAGAAACCAAACGAAUGGAAGAUGACUUACGGCGUAUGUUGAACCUUAAUGUGGGCGAUGGUCAACACCCCGAGAACACAGAGCGGCGUUCCUCCUAGAUGGUUCACUGGGUCAGGUCAGGCUAUCGAAUUCUCAGCCGACCUUAUUUACGAACUCGUCUUUUUCUUUUCUUUCUUUUUGGUUGGCCAGUUUUUCCGUCCCUACGUCUUAUGCAUACCCCAGCUAUUGUGCCAGUUGUGAAAGUGGUCAUAAUCACUUGACUGUCCAUCCAAUGUUGCUAUGAUCUUCCGGUCGAAGCCUGCAUUUUUUGUUUCUUUUCCCCUUGCUUUCCCCGUCGCUCAAUGCUUGACUUUUUUUUUUAUGUUCCCUUUCAAAGCCAGACUAGGAGAAGUUUCUCUUCUUUGCCCCUGUUACUUUUCGACUUUCCAGCGUUCAUAUCAUCUGCGAUGUUGAUCUGGACUAUGGAAGCAUGUUUGUCACGGUUACGGUUUUCAGUUGGGUUCCCAAAGUCCGGAGUCAACCCUUUGCCUUCGUUUCUUUAUCUGCCAGACAGUUUUAUCUCCCUUUGCUAUUUUCUGAUACAGCACAGCACCACUCAGCUUAGCAUGGCGUCAUACGAGGAUGGAUGAUAUCCUGGAGUUUUUUUUUUUCUUUUUUUUUUUCUUCCUUCUUUUCUCCUGUCAUCUGCUUUUUUCACUGCUUUUCCCGUUUUUACAUAUUCUUAUCAUCUUUCAACGUGCACUUUGGCUUGGCUGGUUGUUUGCUCGUUCUAUUCGGUUUGACGACCGGAGAGAUAUGGUUGUUUCUCACGGCUCUUUGCUCUUUCAAGGGAGUUUAUACCUGCCUGGGUCCUCUUUCUUCGCUUUAUGUUCUUCGUAUGGGAAACCUGGAUGAAUGAUUCGGCUGGCCGCUAGCUACAUGUUCAUUGUUUAUGGUAUGCAUAUGCAUGUGCUGGGGGUUGAUGGAGUUGUGUUCCCUUGCUUGACCUUCUUUACUGUACCUGACUGUACCCCUGAUGCCUGCCUUUCCUCCACGUCAAUAUUACUAUACACUGCACCCUAUCCUUUCCUUUCCCUUUCCUUUUCUUUUUCUUUUAAUUUCCUCCCUACCAUCGUCGCUCGCUUUAACCUUCUUCUCUCAUCUCGGGUUCUUUGCUGUUUUCUAUAUCGAUGUCCUCGAUGACAUCCUCACGCUCGUUUGACCUCUCUCCUUUUAUCAUGAACUUGGCGACUCAACAUCCCACUGUCACUAGACACUUUCAGUCCAUCACUCAAUAUCACACUCGUUUGUUUGCUCAUAUUUUCAAUGCCAGUAAAAAGAUACAAGAAUGGGAAAAAGAAAAGGAUAAAGAAGAUUAAAAUAGAGUAAAAAAAAGGAAC